GAUAACAUAUGAUAGGGUAUAGCGAAAAGAUUAAUCGCUGUUUACCUAUGUUUGCGAGUAUAAACUUCAUAAAUAACAUCUGUAAGCAUUCACGUAAUUAGUUUGUAGAAUUUAUGGAAACGUGAAGUUUUAAAUAACGCAAAAAUAGUGUGAAAUUAAUUUGUUUAUUUUCUUAUAUUAAAUAACCAAUAUAUUCUGGACACCGAUGCAAUUUAGAGCUUAUUACUUAGGCGAUUGUGUCUCAAAACCGAAUGAUUUGAACGUUGGCAAUUGUAUCGGGGAUAUGACAUAGGCUUAUACAAGAGAUGCUGGCUAACCUUUUGGAUAUAAUAACUGAGUGUGUCAAGCAAUUAAACCUUGGAUUUUUACUUUAAGCUAUUUGAAUAUUUCUUAACCCAGAGUGCCGUGAAGGAAAUAUAUUUUAAGGUAACACACUAUUUAAAGAUACAAUAAAUAAAAAUAACUACAUGAUGGCCAUGUUCAAUAUGGGAUUUAUUCCGAUGCCGAUAUUGGCGCUGUUGGUGGUCACAGUGGCGGGACGGGCACUUAAAUCAAAAGUCUCUGGUGAGGAACAUAUGCAAAAUGACGGUGUGGACAGAAUUAUGAGGAAAUACAGUGGACCAUCAGUUCACCACUUCGCCAGACACGGUCUGUGUUAUCACCGAUUCGGCAAGGUCAGAUUUUACAGGGCGCUCCAGAAGCACUUCCAUAACAUAUCAGGUGAUAUGAAAAUUACAUUUGUCCUUGAUAUUUGUAAAAGACGAGAUCAUAUGCUGACCAAGUGGGUACAGGAAAUAUUUGACAAAGACGGUGACGGAUACAUCACACAUUUUGAAAGGGAGAUCUACCGAUGAACUCAUUACGACAGCGUUUGUCACAGCAAAUGGAAUACAGCUAUGUAAUACAUCCGUGAAACAUGUAACAAUAUUGCGGCCUCAGCUACUGAGGAAAAAUCUGUCACCUUCAGAAAAGGGCGAGCUCGGAUGUUAAGGUUAACAAUUUACCAUUCGCACAAAGCGUGGCUUACUGUUAAAUUAUCUGUGUAUAUACUGCUCAACUGUAUAUACUGUGUAUAUUCUGCUGAAGAAUUUCCUAGUUCCCAAAACAAGAAACCCCAGAAUAUCUAAAAGAAAUCCACAUAUUUGAUAUUAUGACAUUUCUAAAAUAUUGCCGAUGUGAUAAGUUAGUUACGUAGGCUGGCUUACGUCAACGUUGAUCCGAAUGAUCACCAAUACAGUCAGUGAUGACCUCGUUUUCGGGGUAUUUGAGCAUUCAUAAGUUGGUUAUGGUUUUCUUUCUUCCUAUUGAACAAACUUGCCUUGUAUGUUUUUCGCAGCCUACACUUACAUUUAUUUGUGUUGAUAAUGCAUUGAUUGGUCAUUGUUGUUAUUUUUUUUAUAUAUUUGCGCGUCUGCAUGCAUAUUUUCUCACCAUGUUAUUAUAUAUUCUGAAGCGAGUCCCAAAUUUAAACACAACGAUUAGUGAAACUUACAUUUGACCUUUGACACUAUAACUUAAAUAUGUGCUCUUAACUGUAGUGCAAAUGUUAUUAAGGAAUCGGAAAAAAAAUACCAAUGAUACUACGUUUUUUAUUCAAUAUCAUGUUGAAUAUCAAUGUGUACUCUAAAUUGGCAGUCAUCGCAACUUACUUUUGUAUUUGUCUUUUGAACAUACAAAACACUUCAAUAUGUUGGUAUCAGGUCGUCCUGAAUUAUUAUGGAAACCAACGCAAUACUAAGCUAGUUAUCAGACAUUUCUAUUAACCAUAAUCUUUAAUUUUGAUAUAUGAUUAGGAACACACUUUUUGCCCACUUUUUCUUGGUAGCAUAUUAGGGACGCCCAAUCGUGGAUUAUGUUUGAAUGUGUUUCUUCGUAUACAGUUCAAUCUGUGAGAUAACAAUUAAGUCAUUUCAAUGGAUUGAUAUGCAGACACUCUGUUCGCGGAUUGACACAAAAUAAUUAUAUAUUUCUUUAAUGUGUUUUGUACUCAACGUUUUUAACAUGUGAUUACGUGAAACAAUCACAUGUCGUCAAUUUGAGAGUUCUAAGCGGAAAUAUAACUUUAUACGGAUCAGUGACAUCUAGCGUUCACAAACACAACGUCAAUGACGGAUAUAUUUCAAGUUGGAUAUAUGUUGAUGCAUUCAUGUUCAACUUACUGAAAUUUAGAUCACGCCCAAGCGUGCUAUAAAUAGUACACCUAUCGAUGCACACAUUUAUAAUCAAAUAUAGUAACAUUGUAGUAUAUAGACAACACUUUCCAAUGCUUGGCAACUCUGUUUUAGUUAGGAGGUACUGAAAGUACCCUACCAAUGAUGCUAUAGUUGUUUGUUGUGUUUGAUAAAAAUAUUGCGUUCUGAGAUAUAGAAAGAAGACUACGAAUGAAGCUCUAAGUGAAUUGGUUUCAUACGGCUGAACUCAUUAGCAUUGCGUUAUGCGAUAUUGACAGUGGUUAAUAAAACCGUCAGUUCAUUUUCUUAUAAACAUCCAUAAUCUAGAGCAGGAAUGAAUUCACCAUUGUAAUUCAAACUGAUGUCAUGUUCUCGGUAAUUUGUAUCAAUAAAUAGUUUGUAUAGCGAGUCUAUCCAUGUCAAACAUUAAGUUGACAGUGAAAUAGUUGCUGGAAAUUUGAAAAUCACGCCCACACAAUCAAAAUUCGUAUGCACGGAAGUCAAAAGCCACGCCCACAAUAUCGAUAUCCAUGACCUGUCUCGAAAAACUACAUACAGUUUGACGAUUUAAAGUUGGUUUCAGUUUUAUCAACGGUUAUUAUCAAACAAUGGACUAUGUUUCCUUUUAUAUGUCGGCAGUAUGAUAUAAGGGACAAGUAGUGUAUCAUAUCCCACCUUAUCUGUUUCAAUAUUUUAUGAUCUUGAAAAUUGUUGUAUCAGUUAAAUAAAAUAGUUCAACGCAAUAAAACCACUGCAAAGUUAGCUCUU